AUGUCAAAGCGUCGAUUGACUGAAGAGGCCGCGGAUGAGCGUCAUAUUAUGCGCAUAAUGCCACUGGGCGCAGGAAAUGAGGUCGGUCGAUCAUGCCUUGUGCUCAAGUUUAAAGGCAAGACGAUCAUGCUUGACUGUGGUGUCCAUCCAGGCUACUCGGGGCAUGGUAGUCUGCCGUUCUUUGAUGGCGUGGAGGCCGAAGAAAUUGAUCUAUUGCUUAUCACACAUUUCCAUAUUGAUCACGUAGCAGCUUUACCACAUUUUACAGAAAAGACAAACUUUAAGGGUCGUGUAUUCAUGACGCACCCUACGAAAGCCGUGAUGCAAAUGAUGUUACGUGACUUUUUACGCGUGUCGAAUAUUUCAGUGGACGAUCAGAUUUAUGAUGAUAAAGACUUGAAUAAUUGUGUGUCUAAGGUCGAGAUUAUUGAUUUUCAUCAAGAAAUGAUGCACAAUGGUAUUAAGUUUACGCCCUAUAAUGCUGGUCACGUGCUAGGCGCGUGUAUGUAUUUGAUUGAGAUUGGUGGAGUCAAAGUACUGUACACGGGAGAUUACUCACUUGAAAAUGAUCGUCAUCUCAUGGCAGCAGAGCUACCAGCAUGCUCUCCAGAUGUGCUGAUUGUUGAGUCAACCUAUGGUGUACAAGUGCACCAGUCAGUUGUGGAACGUGAGGGACGUUUUACGGGACAGGUUGAAGCUGUGGUACGUCGUGGUGGACGUUGCUUGAUUCCUGUGUUUGCACUUGGACGCACGCAGGAAUUGCUGCUAAUUCUUGACGAACACUGGCGCUUGCAUCCGGACUUGCAAGAUAUUCCGAUCUAUUUUGCAUCCAAACUUGCUGCCAAAGCGCUGCGUGUGUACCAGACGUACAUCAAUAUGAUGAAUGACCGUAUUCGCAAGCAGAUUGCUAUCUCAAACCCGUUUCAGUUUGAGCAUAUCUCGAACCUGAAAAGCAUGGAAGAUUUUGACGACUCUGGCCCGUGCGUAGUGAUGGCUAGUCCUGGUAUGCUGCAAAGCGGUGUAUCGCGACAACUCUUUGAGCGUUGGUGUUCGGACAAGCGCAAUGCUUGUUUAAUUCCUGGUUAUGUCGUUGAGGGCACGCUUGCAAAGAAGAUUCUCUCGGAGCCGACGGAAAUUGCAGCAUUAGAUGGACGCAUCAUUCCCAUGAACUGUACAGUGGAAUACAUUUCAUUCUCGGCCCACGCAGACUUUGUGGGUACGAGUGGCUUUGUGGAAAAGCUUACACCACCGAAUAUUGUGCUAGUUCACGGUGAGAAGAAUGAGAUGAUGCGUCUGAAGUCGGCACUGAACAAGAAGUUUAACGAUCCCAAAAUUUACCACCCAAACAUAUCUACUCCAGCCAAUAUGCAGGAGAUUGUGCUAGAGUUCAAAGGUGAGAAAAUUGCCAAGGCUAUUGGAUGCUUGGCGAGCGAUCAGCCGAAGAAUGGCAAUUUGAUAUCCGGUCUCCUGGUAGAGGUUGAUUCUCAGACGCACUUGAUGGACAAGGCGGAUCUUUCAACAUAUACGAAACUCAUUUCUGGUAGCAUCACGCAGACGCAGCACGUGCCAUUUGAGUACAACUCGUUCGACGUCCUGGUCACCUUUCUUCGUCAGAUGUACGAGGACGUUGUGCAUCUGGAAAAUGAAAACCGUGUUGUGGUGUGCAAGCAGGUGGUCGUGACACGAUGCGCUGUUGCUAAGGGUGCCACCGAGAAACUCACUGUGGAAUGGACUUCUGCGCCGACUGCCGACAUGAUUGCAGACUCGGUGGUUGCGCUCGCUAUGCAUGCGCAGGCAAGCCCAGCCAGCUUCAAGCUUAGUCACCAGCCUAUAGCCGCGUGCCCACAUGAUCACUCAAAGAAGAACGACUGUUGUAAUGAAGCUGUAAAUGGCAAGGAUAGCCGCGUGAAAGCUGAAAAAGCAGAAGCAGAAGCUUCUAUUGUGGAGGACACGGGUUGUACUGACGACUCUGGACUGGAGCAGCCUGUCAAGAAGGAGAUCGAGGCAGAACUGGAGAAGGCUGCACAAGAAUUAGGCGAAGCUGAUCAAGAUGCAUUGAACUUGCUGAUUGUGUUCCGCCUUCUGAAAGACCAAUAUGGCGACGUUGAUUUGGAUUUUGAGACAAACAAGAUUCAUGUGCGAACACCGAGUGGCGUCGAUGCCGUCGUUGAUCAUUCCUCGCAGGAAGUCGAGUGCAAAGAUGCUGCUUUCAAGCUAAAGCUGCAAUCGACAAUCCGGCGUAUUGAAGGUGCGCUUAAGCCUAUUGCAACAUCGUAG